AUGCCUCUUAGCCAGAAAUUGGAUGAGCCUCUUGUUACAAUUGAGAUCGCAGACUCCAGCACAAUGCAGCAGGCAGUCGAUCCACUUGCUACAACAAGCACUCCGAUGUCGGAACCCGUCAAUGGGGCGUCCUCGGAGGAGGCUCCUCGUCGACAGGGUCGUAUGACGAACCAGCUGCAGUUCCUACAGAAGAAUGUGAUAAAGGCAGUGUGGAAACAUAAAUUUGCGUGGCCUUUCCAUCAACCAGUAGACGCAAAGAAAUUAAACCUACCUGACUAUCACAAAAUCAUCAAAAAGCCUAUGGAUUUAGGCACCAUAAAAAAGCGUUUAGAGUCAAACUACUACUACUCAGCUCAAGAAUGCAUACAGGAUUUCAAUACCAUGUUCACAAAUUGUUAUGUUUACAACAAACCUGGAGAGGAUGUAGUGGUGAUGGCACAAACAUUAGAAAAAUUAUUUUUAAAUCGGAUAGCGCAAAUGGACAAGGAGGAGAAGGAGAUCGAGAUGCCAUCAAACAGUGGGAAGAGUGGUGUAAAGAAGCGAGUGGGUGGUUCAAGUGUAGGCGGACCUCCGAUGGCGGGAACGGGUUCAAUGCCCGCUUCACCGGCUCUCACUUCUCGUGCAGCCGUUAAACCGCUGCCGCCGGCGCCGCACCCCAACUUUGUGGGUUCUACAAACACAACAACCACCCCAACACUAACAGCGCCUUCAGUCACACCACCCGCCACACACACCGGGUUGCCACAGCAGGUUGCAACUCAACCUUCUAAUUUCCACGUAACACAAGCAGCCGCUCCUCCGGUAUCAACGCUUCCUGCUGUGGCAUUGUCACAGACUCAGCCCGCUAAGGUUAAAAAAGGGGUUAAAAGAAAAGCUGACACUACGACUCCUAUGGGUAGUUCUUUUGAAGGAGGUUAUACAACCCCUACGAUCGACCAACAAGGUGGCCCUAAACCAGCUAAAAUAUCAACAAGAAGAGAAAGCGGCAGACAGAAAAAGCCCGGACGAGUGGGAGACGAUGGGUUCAAGAUGGGCGGUCUGUCGCCUGGCGUGGGCGGUGCGGGAGCGUCACACCACGCUGCGCUCACUCCACAGGCCGCCAAGAACAAAGAAAAACUCUCCGACGCGCUCAAGAGUUGUAACGAGAUACUUAAAGAACUUUUCUCAAAGAAACAUUCGGGUUAUGCAUGGCCGUUUUAUAAACCUGUGGAUGCGGAAUUACUAGGUCUGCAUGAUUAUUUUGAUAUUAUCAAGAAGCCUAUGGACCUGGGGACAGUGAAACAUAAUAUGGAUCAUAGAGCUUAUAAAACGGCUGCCGAGUUUGCAGCAGAUGUCCGCUUAAUAUUUACUAAUUGUUAUAAGUAUAAUCCUCCCGAUCACGAUGUCGUAGCGAUGGCUCGGAAAUUGCAGGACGUUUUCGAAAUGAGAUAUGCUAAGAUUCCUGAUGAACCAAGUCACGUCCAUGUCGGAGUUCCACAUAUGGACAAAGGAAGUUCCGCUUCUAGUUCCGAAUCAGGCUCGGAAUCUGACUCUGAAUCAGAUGACUCAGAGGAGGAAAGAAACAACAAGGUUAAAAUAUUAGAAAAAGAGCUCCUGGCGCUGCAGGAAAAAAUGAGGAAGCUGGUCGAGGAAUCAAAUAAUAAGAAGAAGGCGAAAAAGAAAAUGAAAGAGAAACAGAAAAAACAAAUUACAAAUAAUGCAAUUCCCAAAACGAAUGCUGUGGCAGCUUCCGGGUACAACGCUAAAACGAAUAACAUCGCUGAAAAUCUUGCGACGAGCGUUCGAGGCAAGACGGGCAGUAAACGUGGCGCGGGCGCCAAUGCAGCUGGUGCGGCUGCCGUCACAGGGCAGGCCAAGGCCGCGGCUCGUGCUCCCGCCAAGAAGAAGAGCUCCACCCCUACCGCCGCGCCCCCCCACCACGCGCCUCCCCACCACCAGGACCCGGAUACGGACGACGAGGACAACGCCAAGCCCAUGUCCUACGACGAGAAGAGACAGCUCUCGCUCGACAUCAAUAAGCUGCCCGGUGACAAACUCGGCAAAGUAGUCCACAUCAUCCAAAACAGAGAACCUUCGUUAAGGGACUCUAAUCCGGAUGAAAUUGAAAUUGAUUUCGAGACGUUGAAGCCAUCCACCCUUAGACAGUUAGAGAGCUAUGUCGCGUCAUGUCUUCGGAAGAAAACUCAUCGAAAGGUAUCUGGCAAAUCUAAAGAUGAACAAAUGGCGGAAAAGAAACAAGAGUUAGAAAAACGGUUGCAGGAUGUGUCAGGACAGUUAGGAACCAAUAAGAAACAGCAACCUAAAAAAGAGGGGUGCAAGGACGGCCUCGGCGGCGGCAUGUCGUCGUCGUCCAGUUCGUCGGACUCGUCCAACUCGUCGUCCAGCACCGACACCAGUUCGUCGGACAGCAGCGACAGCGAAGCAGGUGCCAGCUCCGGAAAACCUUCCAAGAAAAAGGGAAAGAAGCAGGUUCAACAGCUGCCGCAGCAAACUAAGACGGUUCCGACCGUGGUGAGUGCGGUGGCUCCGCCCGCUCCGCCGCCAGUGCCGCCCUCGUCUUCCGAGCCCGCGGCGCCGCCCGAGCCCAAGCAUGAGCUGGUCCACCCGCCGUCCGCCCCCGCGACAUCCUCCUCCCCAAAUCCCGCACCCGCCCCGGACAUCAAACUGUCGCCCCCGGCUUCGCUCGCUCUACCCGUACCUCCAGUUAACCACCCUCCUGUUACCAGUCUACCGGACUCGUCAAAGACGCCGUUGCUUAGGGAGCAAAAGCCCCAAAAACCAAUGGUUAAAACUGAACCUCGAAACGGUCUAGAUAAAGUAGACACGUCUCACUACAUAGAUCCUAUAGAGCGGUCGUUGGCAAGCUUGGAAAGGAGUCUUCAAGCCGACGUCCCAAUGGAUGUCAGUGUGAGUGUCUCCGAGUCAUCGAUGAGGCUAGAGGACUUUGCUCUACCGAAACCUUCCAUUAUGCCUGACGCUUCACAUCACAAUCUAAUGGCCCAACUCGGAGGGCUCACGGACAUGACCCAUGUUACAGAGCAAAUUAAGAAUGAAAUGUACGUACAACCUCAUAACGGAUACGUAGAGAAGCCCUCGCAGCAUGAGCGUGAGAUGUUGAGGUCCGAUAUGAAUCCUAACCUAGUGGGUAUGACCACAGCACCUCCUGUGUCAUCUAUCUUCGACCCCGUGUACUCGGCUCCUCACACGCACGCCAUCACAGCACAGUCGCAUCUCAAUAUGCAGAGUGCUACAAACUUAAUGGCACCUAUAGUAAAAAAGGAAGACGUUAAACCGUUACUUACGCCGAAACCGAUCGAGGAUCUGAUGGUGCCUAAUAUGAUUACUAACAAUAUGACUGAUAGAGCAAAAUACGAAAUGGAAAAGAAAAUAGAGGAUAGCAAGAAUUCCACUUUUGCUCAAGCUUUUAAAUUAAAGCAAGAACAGAAUUUAAAAAAUGCUAGUUCUUGGUCGUCACUCGCUCAAGCCGGCAGUCCUCAGAGUAUUCCCAGCGUCGGAAACACCAAUCAAAUAAAACAAAAAACCAGUUAUGGACAGUUUUCAAGCAUUUAA